AUGGAGACGGACGGUUUCUUCAUGACUUCCAUGGAGCAAUCAGAGGACGAGGCGUUUGCGUCCUUGUCCUCCAUGAGCAUCUCAAGUCACAGCGAGGCCCGCAUCUUGCGGAGUCAAAUCGUCCAGCGCGUUCAGCGGCUGGAAGCCACUCGGGCGCCCGUCCUCCUGGCCUUGGACGACCUGGACCCCAUCAUGGCCAGCGCGGAAGGUGCAGAGGAGCUGAGGCACCCCAGGAAGGUCCUGACGGAGCUGCUGCUCCGCACGGAGCGCCUCGAGAUCUUCCUGGGCGCCCGCGAGGCGCCUUUUCGGGCGCUGGGGGCGCACAAGGUGGUGGCGUACUCCCUGGAGCCACUCAAAGCCAGCGAGGCGGCGCGGCUAUUUCUGUGGAGGGUCCACAGGCCCCUGGUGAUGUCCGACUUCUCCCAGGCCAUGAGCGGUGGUGAACAGGGUCCUCCUUCUCUCCUUCCGCUGAUCAUGACGGCUCAGAACCGAGGCAUGGUAUUGCAACAGCUCGCCAGCCAUCCAGUACUCUCGCUUUGCGGAGGCUUGCCUGGUCGACUGCGGGCAGCUGCCGAUUAUGUCCUGCCGAGGAACGGGACGUUGUUUGACAUCCAUCAGCGGCUGCUCUCCACAGCCGGCGAGGACAUCCAUCAGCAGCUGCUCUCCAGAGCCGGCGAGGACUUGAUAGAGCAAAAAGGGAGCGCAACCACCAUCGCCUUGGUUUCGUCUUGCUGCGCCACCGAGCGAUCGGGGUUCGAGCCUGUAGGCCUGUAG